AUGUCGCAGCCCGACGCUGACGCGACGAACCAGGCGCUGGCCACCGCCAAGGAGCGCCAGGACGCCGAGGCAGCCAAGGCCACCAAGGCCAAGCUACCCCUCGCGACCGCCGCCGAUGGAUCCGGGAUGAGCGCGGGGUCUUUCUCUUUGACCUCGCUGCAUGCCCAGGCCGUCGGUCUGCACUCCAUCAAGGGGCACGUCCCCGUUGAGCUCACGCUUGACACCGGCGUUCACCGGCAGUGGCGCACCUUCUUCCACGCCGCUUGUCGCAAGUACGCCCUCCUGGAUCACCUCGACCUCGACGCUCCCGAUGCGCCCAACCCGGAGUGGUCUCUCCUCGACGCCACCGUCGUCUCUUGGUUCUAUGGGUCUGUCUCGCUCAGCAUCCUCGACGCGGUCAUGACGCCCGGUGACGAUCCCCUCGCCGUCGAUCUCUGGAACAACAUCAACGGACUCUUCAACGACCACAAGAUCAAUCGUCAGCUCCACCUCACGGCCGAGCUCGGCGAUGUCAAGAUGGGAGAGAUGAGCAUGGCCGACUAUCUUCAGAAGGUCAAGUCCCUCUCCGACGGGCUUGCUGAUCUCGGUGCACCCGUUGACGAUGCCGAGAUGGUGGUCCACUACCUUAACGGCCUCUCCGAGCAAUAUGAGUCCGCCGCCGAUCUGAUCUCCCUCAUGCCCGGUAUGACCUUCGCGCAGUGCCGCUCGUUGCUCGCGCUCCAGGACAUGAAGCGCAAAAAUCGCCGCUCCCACAACUCGGACACAGCCCUCUUCACCAACACCGGCAACCCUGGCAAGGCUCCUGGAAAAGGAAAGAAGAAAAAGGGGGCUGCUCGGUCGCGCGCCGCCCGGCUACGCCGCCCCGCUCCCAGCUACGCGCCCCGGCACACUCUGUCGCCGCAUGCGUUCUACGCCCAGAGCCCGUACGGGCUUGCUCCCUACGGUUACGGCUACACCCCUGGACAGCCCUCCUAUGGCCUCACCGGCCCGGCUCCAUCAUCACCGGCAUCAUCUUUCGCUUCGUGGGACCAGGCCGCGCUCAUGCAUCAGUUCCAGACCAUGGGGCUGCAAGCACCCACCAGGGAGUGGGUGAUGGACACCGGCGCCUCCUCCCACUUCGCGUCCGAUCCCGGACCGAGAUUCUCAUAUGCAAUAGCUUCGGAGCUCUCUACUCCAUCCGCCCUUCCUCUACCAGCCAGCCACACGCCUUCCUCGUCGUCGAUGCAGCACUGUGGCACCGUCGGCUUGGGCAUCCUGGGCGGCCCGUCAUGGAGUCAUUAG